AUGGAGAAGAUUACAGAUAAGAUCGCGGCUUUGCCGCCCGGCGCGAAUUACUUCUCUCUUGAGUUCUUCCCUCCAAAGACUCAGAUGGUGGGGCUCUAUUCCUCCCCGCAUUCAGCGGGUUUUGCCAAUUUGCAAGCGCGGUUAGAGCGUAUGGCGCAAGCAUUGCGCCCGCUAUUCGUUACAGUUACAUGGGGUGCUGGAGGUAGCACUGCGGCGAGGUCGCUCGAGUUGGCGGAGAUUUGUCAACGCCAACUACAGCUGACAACAUGCUUACAUCUGACAUGUACGAACAUGAGCAGGACUUUGGUCGAUCAGGCGCUGGAAGAAGCGAAGGUGUUGGGGAUUAGGAAUAUUCUGGCGCUGCGUGGCGAUCCUCCGCGGAGCGAAGAGUACAAUAUGCACGGGGAGGACGACAGCAACAAGGACUUCACCUUCGCCGUCGAUCUGGUCCGGUAUAUCCGGCAAAAGUAUGGCGACUACUUCUGCGUUGGUGUUGCCGGGUACCCAGAAGGCCAUCCUGCCGAUUCAUUCCAGGGCACUCAGGAUCCGAAGGUCGAUUUGCCGUGGUUAGUUGAGAAGACACAGGCGGGCGCCGACUUUAUCAUGACGCAGUUGACGUACGAUAUUGACGCCUACACGAACUAUGAGAAUAUGCUCCGGAACCACGAGUCUGGAGCGUUCAAGACCAUUCCUAUUGUCCCAGGCCUGAUGCCCAUCCACAGCUACAAGAUCUUGACGAGAGUGACCAAACUCAGCCACGUCAAGGUCCCACCGCCUAUUCUCGCGAAGCUGGAAGAGGCCAGGCACGACGAUGAUGCUGUCAAGCGCUUGGGUGUGGAUAUAAUCGCCGAGCUUGUUGAUGGUAUUAGGAAGCUGCCCACUUCUGGGUUCCGAGGCUUCCACUUUUACACCCUGAACCUGGAGAAGACAGUGUCCUUCAUUCUGGAACGAUGCAAACUGAUUCCGGACUAUGACGAUGAUGCAGAGGCUGUGACCGAUGGCGUCUCAUUACUCACGGUCGAUGCAGCAAAAGCUACCAGGCGGCGGCGAGCUUCCUCCAUCAGCUCUCUCCCUCACAACCGCGUGAUUGUUGAUAAGGUCUCCGACGGGUCAUCCAAUGUUUCCAUAACGCACGAAGCCACAGCCGCAAGCGCAGGCCUGCCCGCCGGUCCCCCGGAUCGCAACACAACUCUUCAAAUCUCGGAAGGUCUUGGUGCCCUCGGCCGAGAAGCCACCUGGGACGACUUCCCUAACGGUCGUUGGGGUGAUGCUCGCUCCCCAGCUUUCGGUGAAAUUGAUGGCUACGGUCCCACGCUACACGUCGCCCCGUCCGUCGCCCAUCGCAUUUGGGGUUAUCCCGUUUCCCCCGACGACAUCAGCAAGCUCUUCCGCCGCCACGUAUCCGGAGACCUUCACAUGGUUCCCUGGUCCGAGGGUGGUGCCGAAGAAAACACCAGCGGGCUCAACGCUGAAACAGAAACCAUCCGCCCGGAGCUCCUCGCCCUCAUCGACAAGAAGGGCUGGUGGACCCUGGCCUCCCAGCCUGCCGUUAACGGCGUUCGCAGUGACGACCCAGUCUUCGGCUGGGGUCCCCCGGGCGAGGGAUUCGUCUUCCAAAAACCCUUCGUCGAGUUCUUCUGCCCAUCAUCCGACUUUACAAAUACCUUAAAACCUCUUCUCCGAAAGCACGGCCACGAGAAACUCGCCUGGUUUGCUACCAACGCCGCCGGCGAUUUCGAGUCGUCCCUUCCCGCCGACACAUCAGACACCGAGCCUGUCGAAAUGAAUCCUAACAAUGUCAACGCCGUCACGUGGGGUGUCUUCCGCGGCAAGGAAAUCGUCACACCCACCAUCAUCGAGGAAGUCAGUUUCCGAGCUUGGGGUGAGGAGGCAUACCGCAUCUGGGAUGAAUGGCGCCGCAUUUAUCCUAGGAACUCGGCAACGGAGCGAUUCAUAGAGAAGACAAAGAACGACGUAUGGCUUGUUUGCGUUGUCGGUCAGGACUUUGGAGCUGGGACGGAGACUGGUUCCGCGGAGGAGGAGGAUGAGAAGAAGUUCAUGUGGAGGCUUUUGGCAAACUGUUAG